UCUGAAAAAAAUUCUACUUCUUCGUGUCUUUGAAUUUGUCUCUAGUGUUCCCCGCAGAUCCUUCACGUUCACGCGUAACCUGGAACAAGAAUCUAAUAACAUUUGAAUGCACGUUUGGUUCUGUAGUCCAAUUUUAAAUAAAAAUCACAUCGAAACAGAUGAAAAGCAACAUGUUACUUUCAUUGAUUAUGAUUCACGUCUAUUCAAAAUUAAUCAACAUACUCCGAACCUUCCUUCGUAAGUGUAUCAAAGAAAGCUUAACUGAACUAAGGAACCUCUGAAUCUAUGUCUAUCAAUGUCUGCGAUCCUUCUUCCCUCAGUCUCAAUCUUUCUGCUCCACGUUCUCAUGGCAGCUUCAGAUUCUCUUCAAGACACCUAUCUCCAGUGCCUCACUCUCCACUCUGACCCCUCUCUUCCAAUCUCCGGCGUCACCUAUUUCCCCAACAGCCCCUCAUACCCUUCCAUCUUGGACUCCUACAUCAGAAACCUCAGAUUCACUUCCGCCACAACCCCAAAACCAUCCUUCAUUGUGGCCCCCACCCACGUGUCCCACAUCCAAGCCUCCGUCAUAUGCUGCAAAAGAUUCAAUCUUGAGCUCAGAAUCAGAAGUGGGGGGCACGACUAUGAUGGCCUCUCGUAUGUCUCCGAAGCACCCUUUGUGAUUGUGGACAUGUUCAUGCUCAGAUCGGUGGAGGUCAACUUGGAGGACGAGACCGUGAGCGUUGACUCGGGGUCAACGGUUGGUGAACUCUAUCAUGCGAUUGCUGAGAGGAGCAAGGUGCAUGCUUUCCCUGCUGGGGUUUGUCCCAGCGUUGGUGUUGGAGGGCACUUCAGUGGAGGAGGCUAUGGGAACUUGAUGCGAAGGUUUGGUCUCUCUGUGGAUCAUGUUUUGGAUGCUGUAAUUGUUGAUGCUGAAGGGAGAGUCUUGGAUAGGGAAUCAAUGGGGGAGGAUCUUUUUUGGGCUAUUAGAGGAGGUGGGGGUGCUAGCUUUGGAGUCAUUGUUUCAUGGAAACUUAGGCUUGUUCCUGUGCCUGAGGUUGUCACUGUUUUCAGAGUUGAAAUAACAUUGGAACAAGGUGCCACUGAUAUUGUUCACCACUGGCAGCAUGUUGCUGAUAAGAUCCAUGAUGGGUUGUUUAUUAGAGUGGUUCUUAGUCCUGUGAAGAGAAAGGGUCAGAAGACAAUAAGGGCCAAGUUCAAUGCCUUGUUUCUUGGGAAUGCACAAGAGCUGCUUGAUGUAAUGACUGAGAGAUUCCCUCAACUGGGUUUGGUUGCUGAACAGUGCAUUCAGAUGAGCUGGAUCGAUUCGGUGGUGUUUUGGUACAACUACCCUGUGGGUACUUCGGUCGAUGUUUUGCUCGAAAGGCAUGCUUCGCCUGAGAAAUUCUUGAAGAGGAAAUCAGAUUAUGUGCAGCAACCUAUUUCCAAAGCUGGUCUUGAGGGUAUAUGGAAGAAGAUGAUGGAGCUAGAGAAGCCUGUUCUCACAUUCAACCCCUAUGGUGGGAAAAUGGGUGAGAUUUCUGAUGUGGAGACACCGUUUCCACAUAGAGCUGGUAACGUGUUUAAAAUUCAAUACUCCGUGAGUUGGAAAGAGGAGGGUGAAGAUGUUGCUAAUCGUUAUCUAGAUCUGAUUAGGAAGAUGUAUGAUUACAUGACCCCUUAUGUGUCAAACUCACCUAGAAGUUCUUAUCUGAACUAUAGAGAUGUUGAUAUAGGGGUCAAUGGACCUGGAAAUGCUACUUAUGCAGAGGCUAGUGUUUGGGGUGAGAAGUAUUUCAAAAGAAACUUUGAUAGACUGGUGGAGGUGAAGACCAGGGUAGAUCCAAACAAUUUUUUCAGAUAUGAACAGAGUAUUCCAUCACUUGUUGCAUCUGGUCCAAGGAUAAUGUCAGAAUAGAAGAAGCCUUGGAAGCUUGAGGAGGAAUAAAAUAAAAUAAAGGUCUGAUUGAGGACAAAAAGGUAUCUAGAAGCAAUAUCCUGGAAAAGCAGUGCAGACUUAUUAUAGAAGUUUGCUAUAAAUUUGAUUAGUUAGAGUUAGAGAAUUUUUUUUCUAUGCAAUUGUAUUUUCCCUAAUUAAGGGACAUAUUUAAUUUGAACUCUAUGAUGACUUUGCUACAUUAAGAAAA